AUGUGUUCAACCACGAAGAGGGAACACUCUGGUGAAAUAUCCGAUCCUUCAUUCAAGAGACAACAACGAGAUAACGAUGCCAAACCAAGCCUUGAAUAUGCUUGUUUGGGCCACUUGGUGAACCUGAUACCUGGUAAGGAACAAAAGAUUGAGAUAUCGAAUAGGAACAUCACUACUAUCGGUAGGAGCAGGUCGUGCGAUGUUAUUCUGAAUGAGCCUGAUAUCUCGACUUUCCAUGCGGAAUUCCAUCUGCUCCAGAUGGACGUAGAUAACUUUCAAAGGAAUCUGAUCAACGUCAUUGAUAAAAGCAGAAACGGGACUUUCAUUAACGGCAACCGUCUAGUGAAGAAGGACUACAUUUUGAAAAAUGGUGAUAGAAUCGUCUUUGGCAAGAGUUGCUCCUUUUUGUUUAAGUAUGCAUCGUCUUCUUCUGCUAUUGAGAAUGAAGACGAAAACACAAGCCCGGAAGCACGUACAUCCAAGAAUGACGAUGAAGUCUUCAAGAAACCACAAAUAGGUGCUGCAAGUAGUCAAAAUGCGAUGACCAGUUCUACAUGCAAAAAAAUAAUCAAGACAAAGCCUGUUUCGUUCUUUGAUAAAUAUCUAUUGGGGAAAGAGUUAGGUGCAGGCCACUAUGCCCUGGUAAAAGAAGCCAAAAAUAAGAAAACUGGCCAACAAGUGGCGGUGAAAAUAUUUCAUGCUCAGCAAAAUGACGACCAGAAGAAAAAUAAGCAGUUUAGGGAGGAAACUAACAUUCUGAUGAGAGUGCAUCAUCCAAAUAUUGUUAACUUAUUAGAUAGUUUUGUGGAACCGAUCAGCAAGUCGCAGAUCCAGAAGUAUUUAGUACUGGAAAAGAUUGAUGACGGCGAACUGUUUGAAAGAAUCGUCAGAAAAACAAGCUUAGGACAAGAUGAAUCAAGGGCCUUAUUCAAACAACUGUUAACUGGGUUGAAGUACUUGCAUGAACAGAACAUUAUUCAUAGAGAUAUCAAGCCUGAAAACAUUCUAUUGAAUAUAACAAGGCGUGAAAACUCGAAUCAAAUCCAGUUAGGCCCAUGGGAUGAAGAUGAAAUCGAUAUUCAAGUCAAAAUAGCAGAUUUUGGUUUAGCCAAAUUUACAGGUGAAAUGCAAUUUACGAAUACCCUUUGUGGUACUCCAUCUUACGUGGCGCCUGAAGUUCUUACAAAGAAGGGAUACACUUCAAAAGUCGAUCUUUGGAGUGCGGGUGUCAUACUGUACGUUUGCUUAUGCGGUUUCCCCCCUUUCAGUGAUCAGUUAGGCCCCCCUUCGCUAAAAGAACAAAUCUUGCAAGCUAAAUAUGCAUUUUACUCUCCAUACUGGGACAAAAUCGAUGAUUCAGUAUUACAUCUAAUUUCUAAUCUUUUGGUGCUGAAUCCUGAUGAGAGGUACAAUAUUGACGAAGCUAUGGGCCAUCCUUGGUUCAAAGACUCAAAGAAACAUAAUUCAGUCUCAAUGGAUUUACAACGUUUGCAAAUUACCGACAAUAAGAUACCCAAAACUUACUCUGAAUUAUCCUGCCUCUAA